UCUGCGAGGGGUGGGGGGGGGGGGCGCUCCGGCCUGGUGUGUUCUCCCCACCUGCCUUCAGAGAGUGCCUGCGAAGCAUCUGGCCCGCGGGGAUACGAGAGUGUCACCUGGCCAGGAUCUGGUGCCGAGAGGCGUUCUCCCAGCCAGCCACAGACAUGACGGAGCGCCUGACGGCCGAGCAGAUCAAGGAGUACAAGGGGGUCUUUGAGAUGUUCGACGAGGAGGGCAACGGGGAGGUGAAGACGGCGGAGCUGGAGCGGCUCAUGAGCCUGCUGGGCAUCAACCCCACCAAGAGCGAGCUGGCCUCCAUGGCCAAGGACGUGGACAGAGACAACAAAGGAUUCUUCAACUGUGACAGCUUCCUGGCCCUGAUGGGGAUUUACUGGGAGAAGGCCCAGAACCAGGAGGGCGAGCUGAGGGCAGCCUUCCGUGUCUUCGACAAGGAGGGCAAGGGCUACAUCGACUGGAACACGCUUAAGUACGUGCUCAUGAACGCAGGUGAGCCCCUCAAUGAGGUAGAGGCCGAGCAGAUGAUGAAGGAGGCUGACAAGGACGGAGACGGAACCAUUGACUAUGAGGAGUUUGUGGCCAUGAUGACCGGAGAGUCCUUCAAGCUGGUCCAGUAGGAGCAGGUGCUAUGGCCCUGGGAGGCCUGCCCGAAGAAGGCCACUGCCUGCUGCGGCCCACGCUGCUGCCCAGCCUGC